CGAGGCGAGGGUGCGCGCACGCACCGAGAGGGUGGGUCGGGCGCGCGGCCGUUAGCGGUCCUCGUCUUGACAACUGUCUGCCACGCUGAGGUUCCCGCGGGCCUUAGACCGCGUGACCCAGACCCCGUUAGCGCGCUCGCCUCCUUCGACGGCGCAGUCACCGCGCGGGGCGGCCGCCCGUGAAGUAUCUACCACGUCUUGUGUCAACGAAUAAAGCUCCGGGACAGCGGCGCCCUCGGCGACAGCUGGGUGGGCAGCCUGGGCUGGGAGCGGUGACCCUCAGCUUCCGUGAGAAGCGAGCGGCGGAAGCAGCCUCCACCCUGGCCCCGCACCAGCCGCCCGGCAGGCGAGACCUGAGCCUGGUCUGGCAUGCGCGGAAUGCUCCUUGAGCCCCUCUUCUGGCUGUUACCUUCGGGGGACGGUUGUGGCCACACUGACACGUAUUUUCCAAAUAAAUCGUUUAUUCUUGCGGCGGCGGGGCCGAACACGUUAAUAUAUUUUUAAUAUUCUCAGCAAGCAUUUACCCAACACUUUUAUCCAGUGAAACAACUUGGUAAGCGUUUCGAGCGAGCAUCCGCCGGGUUAAGAAGUCAGGCUGGGAGCAGCUUGUAUUUGCCACGUCCGUCCUCAACUGUUCUGAAGAUUGUCCCAUCUUAUAACUACUAGUGUGCACAGACUCCUCAAGUAACGUCGUGGUCCAGCGAUGCAAAGAACUGAAGUCUCAAGGUUUAUUUCUCUUCUAAUGCGGUCGGGUUUAGCGCCAACCACCAGGAAGCGGUUAAAGUAGAUCCCCCUAGGGACAUGGCAAGGUUGGAGCCGGCUUCUCACUCAGCCUGUCCACGUGUAGUAAGAAAACAAACCGAUGUCAGCUCCCCAACUGCAUCUCCUGUGUUGGGAAAAGCUAGCCUCAAGUUUCGAUGGCUUUUUGCCUGCUAUGCCUUCAAGAACCUGGUGAUCCUGAAAAACUAGGAGAGUUUCUUCAAAAAGACAAUCUUUGUGUCCAUUAUUUCUGUCUUAUCUUAUCUAGCAAGCUGCCUCAGAAGGGCCAAUCCAACAGAGGCCUCCAUGGAUUUAUGCCUGAAGACAUCAAAAAGGAGGCAGCCCGGGCUUCUAAGAAGAUCAUUUUGCGGAAAACAUCGCCCAACACAGGACAUCCAACAGGGGAAUUUGGGGGAGGAAAGCUGCAUCUUGUGUUGUGAAGACUUAUCCCAAACAAGUGUUGAGAACAUCCAGAGCCCAUGUUGUAGUCAAGCUGUCUACCACCGAAAGUGUAUCCAGAAAUAUGCCCACACAUCAGCAAAGCACUUCUUCAAGUGCCCCCAGUGUAACAACCGAGAAGAGUUUCCACAGGAAAUGCUGAGGAUGGGAAUCCACAUUCCAGACAGAGAUGCCGCCUGGGAACUUGAGCCAGGAGCUUUCUCAGAGUUGUAUCAGCGCUAUCAGCAUUGUGAUGCCCCCAUCUGUCUGUAUGAACAGGGCAGAGACAGCUUUGAGGAUGAAGGGCGGUGGCGCCUCAUUCUGUGUGCUACAUGUGGAUCCCAUGGAACCCACCGGGACUGUUCCUCUCUUAAACCCAACAGCAAGAAAUGGGAGUGUAAUGAGUGUUUGCCUGCUUCAACCUUGGGUUAACAUGUCUGAAGACUCAAGUGACAUCCCCUGCUGCAGCAACACCUUCCACCCCCAAGAGUAUUUCUUGAGGGUCA